AGAAAUCCCUGCGACUUUUCAAGAGCCCCGUACCACAAAGCGUGCCGGCUCGCUCGAUGCACGUUCGGUGACAGACACCCCCUUCUAGGUUGUCCUCAUCUGCUGUCUCUUAAUUGAGCAUGGCAGACUAUGGUGGACCGGAGUCUCGGUACCAGGGGUCUCGAGUCCCGAAUUAUGGUGGCUCUGGCGACCACCAAAGAGAUGCCGCGUUUCAUAACAUAUUUGGCGGUGCGCCGCCUCCCGGGAGAUCUCACACGAUGACAACGCAACCGACCAACAUGUAUGAUGGCCGGCUCAACAGUCUGAACUCGGGCAUGCAGUCUCAGCACACAAUGUCUAUGAGACAAGGACCACCUCCGCCCAUGCGGCAAAUGCCUCAAACAUACGAUCGAGCAAAUGGUAUUGCGCCAGGCCAGCCCUAUAUUAAUGGAACAAAUAGCGCAAGGCCGAUGCCGCAAAAUCCAGGCUUUCCAGAUCGAAGAGCCUACCCUCCUCCCCAGCGCAUGGAUCCUAGGCCAGGAGGUGGACCGCCACUACCCAUGCCGUAUGAUCGAAGCAAGCCAAUGCCGAACCGCAUGCCGCCUCCAGCACUGAAUAACGACUCUUAUCGGUCACGGUCCAUGGUCAGGCCUGGGGAGCCGACGCUAGGGUACCGGCCACCUCCAAGCAGCUUCCAGCAGGGCACCGCGAGUGCGUUCCGACAACAGCCAUAUGCUGCAAUGGGAGCUUCGAGGACGACCGCUCAAGGAAGGCACAUCCCUGAUCGCAUCGAUGACAGUCGAGCCAUGUCGAUGGGCUCAUACGCUUUGGAUCGUGACCAUGCGCAGCAGUUGACUAGUGGAAGAGUUGUGCCUGGCCGCCGGAGAGAGUCAGAAUUGGAUCCCUUCGGCGACCAUGCUUCUCCGUCCCCAGAUGGAUCCUUCACUUCAUCCAGUUCGCCAGCACCGAGUUACGGGCCAAGUCACCAACCUCGGCACCGUAGCGAGGGCAACGUCCCUCCACGCACAGUAUCUUCUGCGUCUGCCAUGUCUACCACAUCUGUUGCGUCGGGCUCGUCCGAUAUGACAGGCACGACUGUUGAUGGAUCUCGCAGCGACAGCAUGGUGCAGAGACCCCCUCCUUCUUCAAAUCUCUCUUCGUCGAGUCAAACAACAACCACGACUGCUGUACCGAGAAAGUCACCUCUUGUUUAUCCCGCUCUGCUUUCACGCGUGGCGAGUGUCUUUCAAGAACGCAUCGGCGUUGGUGAUCGAAACAAAAACGACCUUUCCUACAAGAAUGCCUUCACAGGCGCUGAAGCUGUCGAUCUGAUUGCAUACAUCAUUAAGACUACUGAUCGAAACCUAGCUCUCCUUUUAGGUCGUGCGCUCGAUGCUCAAAAAUUCUUUCACGACGUUACUUAUGAGCAUCGUCUGAGAGACGCGCCUGGUGAGGUCUACCAGUUCAGAGAAACUAUGGGAGAGGAGGCAUCAUCCAAAGAUGUGAAUGGCGUUUUCACCUUGCUCACAGAAUGUUACUCGCCGACCUGCACGAAAGACCACCUUUGUUACUCUAUUGCCUGUCCCAGACGACUUGAACAGCAAGCUAGGCUCAACUUGAGACCGCAACCUGGACUACGACACUCUAACUCGCGUGGUAGUUUACACGGCGAUGACGACCAGGAACAGAAGCUUUGGAUCAACAGUGUUCCCAAAGAGGUAGCUGACCGGAUCGACGACAAGGAAAAGAAGAGACAAGAGGUCAUUUCCGAGCUCAUGUAUACAGAGCGCGACUUUGUCAAAGAUCUGGAAUAUCUCCGCGAUUUCUGGAUCAGGCCAUUACGUGGACAUGGUAGUGCCACGUCUCCGAUCAAGGAAGAGAGAAGAGAAAAGUUUGUGCGUACAGUCUUUGGCAAUUGCCUCGAAGUCCUUGCGGUGAAUGGGAAGUUUGCGGAGGAGCUUUCCAAGAGACAAAAAGAGCAACACGUGGUUCACAGCAUUGGCGAUGUCUUCCUGAAGUGGGUGCCGCAAUUCGAUCCAUUUAUUAAAUACGGAGCGAAUCAAAUGUACGGCAAAUACGAGUUCGAAAGGGAGAAAGGAGCCAACCCUGCGUUCUCCCGCUUCGUUGAUGAGACUGAGCGCUUGAAAGAGUCGAGAAAGCUGGAACUCAAUGGCUACCUUACCAAACCAACCACUCGCCUGGCUCGAUAUCCUCUGCUUCUUGACAAUGUGCUGAAGUAUACCAAAGAUGACAAUCCCGACAAAAAGGACAUCCCAAAAGCCAUUGGGCUGAUCAAGGAUUUCUUAGCCCGUGUCAACGCUGAAAGUGGCAAAGCCGAGAACCAUUUCAACCUGCUUCAGCUUAAUCAGCAACUCAAGUGGAAUGCUUUGGAGUACACUGACCUGAAACUGACCGAGGAGAAUCGUGUCAUUCUCACCAAAAUGAGUUUCAAAAAGACUCCAACGGACAACGCGGAAGUCCAGGUCUAUUUAUUUGACCACGCUGUGCUGAUGUGCAGGGUGAAAGUCGUGAAUAAGAGGGAUGAACUUCGUGUCUACAGAAAACCAAUUCCUUUGGAGCUCUUGGUCAUUGCGGAGAUGGACCAGGUCAUUCCCCGUCUUGGUAUCGCAAAACGUCCUUCGUCAAGUCUAAUACCUGGCUCCAAAUCUUCGGCAUCGAGCACCCCAGGCCAGAAAGAUGUUUAUCCGAUUACUUUCCGCCACCUGGGUAAAGGCGCAUACGAGCUUCAGCUAUAUGCCACCUCUAUUACACAACGCAAGAAGUUUAUCGAACUCGUGGAGGCGCAGCAGACCAAGCUUCGCGAGCGCAGCAGCAACUUUUAUACCAAAACCAUCCUCUGCGAAGGGUUCUUCAACGCUCAGAAUCGCGUCAAUUGCCUUGUGCCCACAGACGGAGGUCGCAAACUCGUCAUUGGCACCGACAACGGCAUUUAUAUUGCUGACCGUUGGCCCAAGGAUAAGUCUAUCAAACCGCGACGCAUUCUCGACGCAACACAGGUAUCCCAAAUCGAUACUCUUGAGGAGUACAGACUGCUCUUGGUGCUGUCCAACAAGACUCUUACCUCGUAUCCCUUCGAAGCACUUGACGCCACAAAUCAGAACCCUCUGGCUACUCGGCCACGGAAGAUCCAGGGUCAUGCAAACUUCUUCAAAGCCGGAAUUGGUCUAGGUAGACAUCUUGUUUGCUCUGUCAAGACCUCGGCAUUAUCCACAACGAUCAAGGUCUACGAGCCAAUGGACGAUCUCACUAAGGGUAAGAAGAAACCAGCUAUUAGCAAAAUGUUCGCCAGCGGCCAAGAUGCGCUCAAGCCAUUCAAGGAAUUUUACAUCCCCGCCGAGUCUACGUCGGUGCACUACCUCAGAUCCACAUUGUGCGUUGGUUGCGCCAGAGGCUUCGAAGUUGUCUCUUUGGAGACUACAGAGCGGCAGUCCCUUCUCGACCAGGCCGAUACCUCACUCGACUUCGUCACCAGAAAAGAAAACGUCAAGCCAAUUCACAUUGAGCGCCUCAACGGCGAAUUCUUGCUGAACUAUUCAGACUUCAGCUUUUUCGUCAACAGGAAUGGCUGGCGUGCUCGACAGGACUGGAAGAUUACUUGGGAGGGGACGCCGCAAGCGUUUGCAUUGAACUACCCUUACAUACUUGCAUUCGAGCCUAGUUUCAUUGAGAUUCGUCACAUUGAGACGAGCGAGCUGAUACACGUCAUGACGGGCAAGAAUGUGAGGAUGCUUCAUUCGAGCACUCGAGAGAUUUUGUACGCUUACGAAGACGAGACUGGCGAGGAUGUUAUUGCUAGCCUUGAUUUCUGGACCCAAGCCCAGGCUUGAAGAUGAUCAGCGUGGAUUGUAAUCGACUUUAGCCUUUUAGCCAUUUGCUUUAUUGUGGCGGACACAGUUCGUCAGUUCACAUUGGAGACCACUGCUGACAUUGGAGGCGACUGCGACAGAGACAAGCACUCCCCACGGCUUGUCUGAAACCGAGGAGAUGAUGAUGACGAUGGAAGAUAUUAUGUUCUUGCUAACAACAACAAUUCGUUUGGAAGGGGUGAGAUGGAAGGUGAUAAACAAAUGCAUCUGGUUGUGCCCCGGCGAGGGAAGGCCAGAGAUUGAGAUAUUGCAUCUUCACAUACAAAGCCAUGAAGCUUGACUCUGAACCUUGCUACUCACUUUUUUGAUUAUUCGAGCGAUCACUGACCGGCGAGAUCA